AUGCGUCAACCGCCACUAGACCUUGAGCUUCAGAAGGGCGUGGACGGCCCCUGGCGGCCAAGGGCGGAGACUGCGGCCGAGCGAGUGGCGCAGGACCGUUGGUGGCCGCGGGGCCAGGGCGAGCAUGUAGCAGCAGCGGGCGGCGCGGCGCUCCCGGGAUGGGCCAGGCCGCGGGGGGCCGCUCGCGGAGACAUUGAGGAAGAGGGCAAGAAGGGCAAGAAGCCUGGAAUUGUGUCGCCGUUUAAACGAGUAUUCCUAAAAGGUGAAAAGAGUAGAGAUAAGAAAGCCCGUGAGAAGGUGACAGAGAGGCGCCCUCUGCACACUGUGGUGCUGUCCCUGCCCGAGCACUUCGAGCCCGACAGACUGCUGAGUGACUAUAUUGAGAAGGAGGUGAAGUAUUUAGGUCAGUUAACGUCCAUACCAGGAUACCUGAAUCCUUCCAGUAGGACUGAAAUCCCGCAUUUCACAGACAAUGCGAGAGCCCACCAGCUCCCCGGACACCUGACCCAGGAGCAUGACGGUGUGAUCAGUCUGUCUGCCUACAACAUCAAGCUGGCUGGGAGGGACGGGGAGGACACCAUCCUCAGGGUCCCCAUCCAUGACAUUGCCACCGUGUCCUAUGUGCGAGAUGACGCCUCACACCUGGUGGUCCUGAAGACAGCCCAGGACCCCAGCAUCUCCCCCAGCCAGAGUUUGUGUGCAGAAAGUUCCUGAGGCCUCACCAUAGGCUCCCUGUCGGAGAGUGGAGUGGGGCCUGUGGAGGCAUGCUGCCUGGUGAUCCUGGCUGCGGAGAGCAAGGUCGCCGUGGAAGAGCUGUGCUGCCUGCUUGGCCAGGUCUUCCAGAUCGUGUACACGGAGUCCACUAUUGACUUCCUAGACAGAGCCAUAUUUGAUGGGGCCUCGACACCCACCCACCACCUAUCCCUUCACAGUGAUGACUCUUCCACAAAGGUGGACAUGAAGGAGCCAUAUGAGACGGAAGCCAGCACUUUCUCCUUCCCCGAGUGUGCACAUGCAGGCGGCGUCUCGCCCUUGUCCUUCUGCAUGCAGACGGCACCCCACGCCAAGACGGUCAGCGAGAGUGAGCUGAGCGCCACGGCUGCAGAGCUUCUGCAGGACUACAUGCUCACGCUGCGCACCAAGCUGUUGUCGCAGGACAUCCAGCAGUUUGCAGCGCUGCUGCACAAGUACUGUGACGGCGCCUCGGUGCACGAGUUCUGCAUCAACCUGCGGCAGCUCUAUGGGGACAGCCGCAAGUUCCUGCUGCUCGGUCUGCGGCCCUUCAUCCCUGAGAAAGACAGCCAGCACUUCGAGAACUUCUUGGAGACCACUGGGGUGAAGAAUGGCCGUGGGAUCAUCAUGGACAGCUUUGGCAGGUACCGCCGGGCCACGAGCUCCACCUCCGCCUCCACCUCCAAAGGGAACAGGGCCAUGGGCAGCUCUGACGACCAGUCCGCGCCCUCGAAGGGGAACGAGUGGGACCGCAUGAUUUCGGACAUCAGCAAUGACAUCAAGGCGCUGGGCUGCAGCAUGGAUCAGGACUCGGCCUGA